GCGCCCAAUCGGGACGAAGUCUUGGCUGGCCCGGGCUCUCGUGGGCUCACUCGCUCUAGGGAACCGGCACCAUGGCGUCCGGCUGCAAGAUCGGCCCGUCCAUCCUCAACAGCGACCUGGCCAACCUGGGGGCCGAGUGCCUGCGCAUGCUGGACUCGGGGGCCGACUACCUGCACCUGGAUGUAAUGGACGGGCAUUUUGUUCCCAACAUCACUUUUGGUCACCCUGUGGUUGAAAGCCUCCGAAAGCAACUAGGCCAGGACCCUUUCUUUGAUAUGCACAUGAUGGUGUCUAGGCCAGAACAGUGGGUAAAACCAAUGGCUGUGGCAGGUGCCAAUCAAUAUACCUUUCAUCUUGAGGCAACUGAGAAUCCAGGGGCUUUGAUUAAAGACAUCCGGGAGAAUGGGAUGAAGGUUGGCCUUGCCAUCAAACCAGGAACUACAGUUGAAUAUUUGGCCCCGUGGGCUAAUCAAAUAGAUAUGGCCUUGGUAAUGACCGUAGAACCUGGGUUUGGAGGGCAGAAAUUCAUGGAAGAUAUGAUGCCCAAGGUUCACUGGUUGAGAACCCAGUUUCCAACUUUGGAUAUAGAGGUCGAUGGUGGAGUAGGUCCUGACACUGUUCAGAAGUGCGCGGAGGCGGGAGCUAACAUGAUUGUGUCUGGCAGUGCCAUUAUGAGGAGUGAUGACCCCAGAGCUGUUAUCAACUUACUAAGAAACGUUUGCUCAGAAGCAGCUCAGAAACGUUCUCUUGAUCGAUGAAGCCACAAGAAACCCAGUUUCAGCUCAUGAAACCUUUUUUUACUGGAAAAGGAAUAUUGACUACCAAAUCAGAUUGCAAUCGAAGCAGUGCUGCAUUCCAGUGAUUAAAAUCAAUUGUGCAGGAUGUUCAAGAGGUUAGAAAUAACUACCUUUUUAGAGAUGCCAUUUAGAAAUUAGCGUGAUGAAAAAUAUUCAUGUUUAUUCUGGGACAAUGAUUUUUGUAAAGAGUGAAAAUAUGAUUGUUAAGAUUAUAGACAGAAAUGUGUCUUAAUGGCUAAAGAGGAAAAUUAGCUACUAUGAAAAACAUUUUUCUGUAUUUUUACAAAGACUGUUCUGUUGAUUCCCUGGUAUAUCCCUAAAGCAAAUGACAUCCAUAUUUUCUCUAGUUCAUGUCAUUUGUGAUUUGUUUAUAUGCCUUAGAAUAUGAAUGGAAUGAGACUAAAAUUAGAAGCUCUCGUGGGGUGGCAUGUCAUGGUCUGGCAUUUGAAUUAUUUUUACUUUUUAUCUUAUACUUGGUUUAUUAAAAAUUAUAAAAAUAAUGUAUGAAGCCUAGGGUUUCUGAAAUGCAAGCACAGAAUUAUCAAGAUAUUUUCUUUGUCACAGCAGGCUACUCUGUAAUUCCUUCCUGCCCCUGGGUCUCACUCAACCACCAUUCUUAAGGGCAUGAAAUAGCCAGGAGCAGAAAGGAACCAUACAGGUUCUCUUGGACACACCACUGGGUUGGAUACCAAUAGGACAGAGCACCCUAUUCUAGCUCUUUAACUUUAAUAAAUUCACCCACCUUGUUUUCACUAUAAACUCUUAUGUGUACUGAAUGGAACCAUAACUAUUGUGUGUUUGAGAAUUAAAGUCAUAACAUGAUUUUGGAAGGCCAACAGUUCUCCUCCUAGACUGUAGAGGAUGCUCCACACAAAACGGCAAGCAUCAGGUCUGUCUGAUUUACUGAGCACUUUGGUAUAAUCAUAUUAACUGCUAAGUUGUCGUAUAAUUGUUAGAACAGGUUUUUUUUUUUUUU